AUGCGCUCCAAACGCAAAGUCCACAAUGGGUCCCGAUCGAUCGGUUCAAAGUCCAGAUCAUCAAGGGUGCUCUCCAAUCGCAAACGUACUCCCCAAACCCGACACCGAGACAACUUGACCGCAGCAGAAAUGGCUCUUGACGAUGAGGACGUAGAAGAUGACGUUGAUGAGGAUGAUCGCCACCCGGACGAGAACAACGAAACAGAAUCGAUCAUGGAUCGACUUGCAAGGCAAAUCUCACCGGAGGAAGAAGAUCCUGGCUCACCCCCUCCCCCUACUGGGACCAACAACCGCCGUGCUCUCCGCUCAUCAAAUGCUCAAACAGAGGAGGAAGCCGCCAAAACGGUCCUACCUACCAUUCACAACUAUAAACAACUAGUUGACGACUGGCCUCCUGCCCGUAUAGCUGUGCAAGAACGAUUGCAAAAGAGGAAGGGCACUGCCGUUCCCCCUAAAAUUCUAACCGAAGCUCGCGCCCUUCAAAAGCUCUACAAGCAACAUAAGUCGCUGCUGGCAAUCAUGGGUAAUGUCAGUAUAUUUACAAUGAACAAAGCUUUAGGUGAACUUGGAGGUCGACAAAGACCUAGCGGUUAUCAAAUUUGGUUGAAGUUUGGCAAAGAGAUCGAAAAUUAUAGAAAGAAAAUGCCACGCAAAUGGGGGCAGAAAGGUAUCUUAGCUUCUCGAAAUAAGAUACUUGGCCAUAUAUGGACUGGUCUUCCGGCAAGCCAUCGAGAGGUGUUUUCACCUCCCGUUUUUCAUGUGCUAUCCGGCCUCUCUUAUUCUCAACAUGGAAAGAGACUUCAGCUCGAUGAAGAACAGCAAGAAGAAGAGAUUGUCUUGGAGCCUGGCGAACGUGAAGCGCUCCAGCGAUUAUAUGAUCAGAUAGUAUGGAAGGAAAAAGUGGCUAAAGAGUAUUCGAAAGCCAGUAAAGGUAUACCAGCGGGGCCCACUCUGCCAGACUACAAUCCAUGUAGCAACCAUAGUUCAACUGAGGUGGACUCAUCUUCCCAAGGAUGGUGUGAACAGUAUACAAGUUUAGACGAUAUGGGAAAAUACGUGAACAAGAAGAGCAGUUUUGCUACCUUGUUUGCAGCCAGGGCUCAAGGACUUUCUGCCGGUGAGGUCGUAGCUGAUACCAUCGGAGGCAAUGGUACGAUGACAGAAAAGGCUAGAAAAACGGAUCCUGGGGAUAAAGUGAAGGCAGAUCUAGCUCUGGAGUUGCGAACACGUAUGAAGGCGUUACUUGGAUAUGAAGUCGGUUUUCCACGAGGCCCAGACCCAGAAGCCAUAUUGCUAGACAAGGGUUACGAUAUUAAAAUUAUUCAAUUACCAGGUUCUAAACUACCAUAUCAAACUUUGAAACUUGGAUUCAAUGCCAUGAACAGUCGAAGAUCUUUGUGGCUUGAUGAUAUCAAAGCAAAUCUAUUCAACUUGGAAAAGAUAGCAUCUCCUGAUGUUCAAAAUGAUGAUAUUGUUCAAAUGGAUAUAGAUGAAGAGGUCACUAACACCCAAGGCGUAACUCUUGAUGAUGAAGUGGAUGAUGAUGAAGAAUGGGGUGGAUUAGGGGAUGAGGAAUGA